UUCUGACUACAUCGCAUCGCAACCAACUCUCAUGGUAAAAGUUCUGACUGCAUAGUCCAUAAGCAUCAGACUGCACAUGCUAAGACGCUAGACGCCAAGGUGCUGGCCAUAGGAUGACAGCCCUUGUCCGAGGAAUCGCAAGGCAUGGCGAAUUGGCGAAUUGGCGAUCAUGUAUUACCAGCGCAGCGAAACCAGUUGUCCGGACUCCCAGCAGAGUGCGAACGACGGCACCACUUUGCAACUGAGGCUACUACACUCGAUGUCGUAGUGCGUACAGUGGGCUCCGUGUGUCUGUUUGCAUACUCAAUCAACCUCGAGCCCUCUAACAGGCAAGCAGAUCAAGGUCCUCCUCCAUUAUGGGCGCGACAAAAUCUGAAGUCCGUGAGUACACGGCUGGGGAAGUCGCUGCCCACAACAAUGCAUCCAACUUAUGGGUCAUAAUCCAUGGCGAAGUAUUUGACGUCACAAGCUAUUUGAAUGACCAUCCGGGAGGAGCAGAUCUCUUGCUCGAGGUUGCCGGAGGUGACGGCAGCGAGCCCUUCGAUAGCGCAGCGCACUCGGAGGAUGCAUUCGACAUCAUGCAAGGGUUCCGCGUCGGACGCCUCAAGGAUGAAGGUCUAAAGCGCAAGCCCAAGACGGUGCGUCUGGUCGCUCCAGAUCCAGCUACACCCUCUCUUCGCGGCAAGGAGCAGCGUCGCGGGUUUUCGACGGCCAUGAUCGCACUGUCGCUUGGUCUUGGAUCUUCUCUUGCUUGCCUUGGCAUCUGGUGGAAUGCUGCGCGAUUCAACAUUGCUGUCGUGCCUAAUCCAGCGAGCUUCAGCUUCCUACCAGAAUGGGUCUGGGAAGCUGGCUUGGUCAGGCGCAACAAGGGGCUCGGCUUCACCGAGGGUGUGCUUUUUACAUCUGCUGCUGUGGCGCUCACAAUGGGCAUCGCUCUCCAACGCUUCAUGACAAUCUUGAAGUUUGGAAGCGGUGCGCGGAUCCCGGCACAUCUGAAACUACCCCGAGUCGCGCAGCCGGAUCUGCUCAAUCGACGAGGAUGGCUGGAUCCUACAGGCUUUCAGAAGCUCCCUCUAGCCAAGAAGGAGCUCCUGGCACCCAACACGUACCGAUUUGUCUUCACCCUCCCCGACCCCAAUGCCAUCAUCGGCCUGCCAAUCGGCCAGCACGUCUCUAUUCGGGGCGCCGUCGACGGCAAGCUCAUCAGUCGCUCUUACACGCCCGUCUCCAACAACGCCGACCGCGGGAUUCUCGAGCUGGUCAUCCGGUGCUAUCCUGACGGACUCUUCACCAACGGCUACCUGAAAAACCUCGAGGUAGGCGACGAGGUCGAAUUCCGCGGGCCAAAGGGCGGCAUACGCUACCAAGCGGGCAUGUGUGACAAGAUCAACAUGGUCGCGGGGGGCACCGGCAUCACGCCCAUGUACCAGCUGAUCCGCGCCAUCUGUGAAAACCCUCGCGACACGAGCGAGGUCAGCCUGAUCUACGCGAACCGGACCGAGCAGGACAUUCUGCUGCGCAGAGAGUUGGACAGCUUCGCUCGCAGAUACCCCCGCAACUUCAAGGUCUUUUAUGUGCUCGACCACGCCCCAGCGGAGUGGAAGGGGGGUCGUGGGUUUGUGACCAAGGAGAUGAUGGAGGAGCACCUUGCACCGCCUUCGCCGGGAACAAAGGUCUUUCUAUGCGGGCCACCACCCAUGGUGGACAGCGUCAAGAAGUCUCUGGGCUCCCUGGGCUACAAGCAGCCGGGGGCCAUAACGAAGCCGGGCGAUGAUAUUCUUUGCUUCUAGCGAGCGAGGAACAACAGGCAGAGACAGGAACCCGUUUCUUGUGACAUGGAAUAGCUUGAGAUCGUUACAUGUAUGCACAGUAUCAGGCGCAGAAGAUAAUUGAAUGCUACAAAGCAGG